AUGUUCCAACAAUUUAUGGGUAUAAACGCUAUCAUUUAUUACGCGCCUACGAUUUUCGGCCAGCUGGGCCUCGACCCAAACACUACUUCCCUGUUUGCCACUGGUGUUUAUGGAAUUGUAAACAUGCUCGCUACUUUACCUGCUAUUGUUUUGCUUGAUAGUGUGGGCAGGCGGCCUUUGUUGAUGUCUGGUGCCGCUGGAUGUUUUACUUGCCUGGCAAUUGUGGGUUCUCUUGUUACUGUUUACGGCAAGGAUUGGCCAGCACAUGCAGCAGCGGCUCGCACAGCAUUGAACAUCUUAAACUAUCUUACAGUCUUCGUGUUUAUCUACGAUGUCAACUUCUCUUACUCGUGGGCCCCGAUUGGAUGGGUAAUUCCCAGCGAGAUUUUCCCGUUGCACCUCCGGUCCACUGGCAUCUCCAUUACUACAUCCACCACGUGGUUAGCGAACUUUGUCAUUGGGCUCGUUACGCCAAUAAUGUUGGAUGUGGGGGGGAUGGCGUACUUUAUCUUUGCUGGAUUUUCUCUUGCCGCGUUACUCACAGUUUUAUUCUUCUUCCCAGAGACCAAGGGUCGGACCUUGGAAGAAACGGAUGCCGAGUUUGGUGAUAAUGCUAAUGAUAGGGAGCGAGAACACAUGGAGCGUAUUUGUCGGGAGCUUGGACUGCCCGUCCGGGUGCUUUUGAAUGCAUAGUAAUGAAAUUUCGGACUGGCCUAGGUCAUGUUUCCAUUGAGUCGAUUCAUCUAACAUACUCCUUUUGCCCCUUUCUACCUUCAACGUCAUGGCCUCAUCAUCUUGAAGUAUUUCAGUCAAAUAUCAGGGACUGGCGCGGCCAAGGCGCCGUUACAUUCAGCAAUAUAAUAUUUUACUGAUGCCCUUCCAAGUGCAUAAUUCAACUAGGUUGUCAUAGGGAAGAGUGAUGUAUAUAUAGAUACAUAUUUGCAAUUGUCACUAAUUCGUACGUCCCUCCUCACUAAGCUAUGUACCUGAACAUAGGCGCCUACAGAAG